UGCUCCCCUGUGAAUCCAGGAGCCUAUUUCACACUGAGCAAAGCUAGUCGUUACCUCUUAAGUAUCCGGAAUCAGUUCGGUAGCCUCGCGGUGUUCCACAGUCUUGGUUUUAGAAGAUGUUUCGCGUGGUUUCAGAGAACACUUACGUGGGUUAUCAGCUAUCUUUUAUCUAACAACGCGGAAUUUCUGGUGGAGUCGCGAAACGGCGAGUCACCUGCUUCACUUUCAUUCAAAUCCUACAAGCAACCAAUCCGCGCUGCAACUCCACGACUUCUCACAUUUAGGAUCCAUCAACAUUCCCAUGCCCUUUUUGUUCAAUGCUGGGGCUAUAAGCACUUUUUCAUACACUAUGUUUUUCCGUUCGGGCAUAUCUUUCUUUUACUUUUCCUGUAGUCCUUGAAAGAAAAAGAAAAUAAGAGGGGUUGUGACAUAUUUGUCUUGGAUAUUGUUCACGCGAGAAAAUGCCUGUGCGUCGGGGACAUGUCGCUCUCCAAAACACCUAUCUGGACACCAUCAUCAGGAAAUUCGACGGACAAAAUCGUAAAUUCCUGAUAGCCAACGCUCAGAUGAAGAACUGCGGGAUUAUCUACUGCAAUGAGGGCUUCUGUCAGAUGUUUGGUUUCUCACGAGCAGAGAUCAUGCAGCAGCCCUGCACCUGUCAGUUCCUGGUGGGGCCGGGAACUAUGAAGAGCGCACUGGCACAGCUGGCACAGGCCCUUCUCGGAUCAGAGGAGCGCAAGGUGGAGAUCCUGUACUACUCUAAGGAAGGGACAUGUAGACCUUGUUUGGUUGAUGUUGUUCCUGUAAAGAACGAGGAGGGAGUCGUUAUCAUGUUCAUCUUAAACUUCCAGGAGCUCUUAGAUCCCUCCAUGAAGAAAGGUGGCAUCAAACAGCGAAUGACAAACAGCUGGCUACAGGCAGGUCAAAGACGUAAGAUGAGGCUGCGAAUGCCCUCUCUCCGUGUGAAACGGCAGCCCUCCCUCCCUAAGGACCACUUUGAGGGAGUGGUGGUGGACUACCUACUGCCCUCUAGUGAGGAGGUGGCCUUGAAAGACUUGCAGAUGUCUUCCCAGGAGAGCUGCUUGAAGUCAGAGACCCAGGCCCUAAUUCAACAUAACCCCUCCACGUGUGGCUUCUCCGGCUCACUCUCACGGCCCUCAGACCAGCUAGAGCCCUGCGGACCCCCCCUCACAUACAGCCACUCCAGAGAGAGUGUAGGCAGUCUGCGCCGAGCCUCCUCACUGCACGACAUCGAUGGCAUGAGGAACCAGUGGAGUGAUCUGAAGCCCAGUAAUCUUAACUCCACCUCAGAUUCUGAUUUGAUGCGACACUGUGCCAUUGGCCGGAUCCCGCAGGUGAUGUUAGCAUUUGGCUCAGAUCGACUCAGACCCCCCUCCCCCACUGAGAUCGAGAUCAUUGCACCCAGCAAGAUUAAAGAUCGCACACAGAACGUCUCAGAAAAGGUCACUCAAGUCACACAGUGGGACCUAAAGGUGCUGUCACUUGGGGCGGAUGUGCUUCCCGAAUACAAGCUCCAAGCUCCACGUAUCCACAAGUGGACCAUCCUUCACUACAGCCCCUUCAAGGCAGUAUGGGACUGGAUAAUCUUACUCCUGGUGCUCUACACAGCUGUCUUCACGCCCUACUCGGCCGCCUUUCUCCUCAACGAGCAGGAAGAUGAGAUGAGGCGCACCUGCGGCUACACCUGCAACCCCCUAAAUGUGGUGGACCUUGUGGUGGAUGUCAUGUUCAUUAUUGACAUCCUCAUCAAUUUCAGGACCACGUAUGUCAAUCACAACGAUGAGGUGGUCAGCCAUCCAGCUCGUAUUGCUCAGCACUAUUUCAAGGGCUGGUUCCUCAUAGACAUUGUGGCUGCCAUUCCUUUUGACCUGCUCAUUUUCAAAUCAGGUUCAGAUGAGCCUCAAACCACCACUCUGAUUGGCCUUCUGAAGACCGCGCGGCUGCUGCGUUUGGUGCGAGUGGCAAGGAAACUGGACCGCUACUCUGAGUACGGUGCGGCAGUGCUCUUCCUCCUCAUGUGCACCUUCGCACUCAUUGCCCACUGGCUGGCGUGCAUCUGGUAUGCCAUUGGCAAUGUGGAGCGCACCAGCUCCUCCCGUAUCGGGGGCAUGAAGAUCGGCUGGCUGGACAACCUGGCCGACCAGAUCGGCAAGCAGUACAACGACAGUGAUUUCUCCUCCGGCCCCUCCAUCAAGGAUAAAUAUGUAACUGCUCUUUAUUUUACCUUCAGUAGCUUGACUAGUGUGGGAUUUGGAAACGUCUCUCCUAACACCAACCCUGAGAAGAUUUUCUCCAUAUGUGUCAUGCUCAUUGGCUCCCUGAUGUAUGCCAGUAUCUUUGGCAAUGUGUCCGCUAUAAUUCAGAGGUUGUAUUCAGGCACAGCUCGCUAUCACACUCAGAUGCUACGAGUCAAGGAGUUCAUCAGGUUCCAUCAGAUCCCAGGAGACCUUAGGCAGCGGCUGGAGGAGUACUUCCAGCAUGCCUGGUCCUACACUAAUGGCAUUGACAUGAAUGCUGUAUUGAAGGGUUUUCCAGAAUGUCUACAGGCUGACAUCUGUCUGCAUCUGAACCGGAGUCUGCUGCAGAACUGUAAGGCAUUCAGGGGGGCGAGUAAGGGCUGUCUGCGUGCUCUAGCCAUGCGUUUUAAGACCACCCAUGCCCCGCCCUGCGACACUCUGGUGCACAGCGGAGACGUUUUGACUGCCCUGUAUUUCCUCUCCCGAGGCUCGAUAGAAAUCCUCAAAGAUGAUGUGGUUGUGGCCAUAUUAGGAAAGAAUGAUAUUUUUGGGGAGCCCAUCAGUCUGUAUGCCAGGCCAGGGAAAUCAAGUGCAGACGUGAGGGCUCUGACCUACUGUGACCUGCACAAGAUCCUGAGAGACGACCUGCUGGAGGUGUUGGACAUGUACCCUGAUUUUUCAGACAACUUCUGGAGCAACCUAGAGAUCACAUUCAACCUUAGAGAUGCAGACAGAAUCAUGCAUCCAACACCAAGCGAGGACUCAGAAUGUGGGUACCGUCGUCCCAGACACCGGAGGAACCCCUUACAGCGCAAUCGACCUGAUGGGAUGGACCGAGAUGGGAUGGACACAUACCCAAUCCAGACCGGUUCUCCUGUCGGGAACCAUCGGGGAGUGAUGCCACUCUCACAGUGGGAUGAGUUAUGCAGUAAUACCAGUGAUGCUUCCCUGUCCAGUGAGGAGGACCUAAAGCCCCUGGUACCUGGCCGAGGGGAGAUAUACUCUCCAGGGAUAGAGAUGCAAGAAUACUCCACUUCUGCUGUCAGCAUGGAAGGAUCACAGGAGCGAGGGUCUCAUUCAUACACUGCAGCUCCUCUAAAUGUGUCUGGGCUAUAUGGCUAUUUGUCUGACCGUAGGGCCAGUCAGUACUCAGAAAGUCAGAGGCGCCCUUCUGCAGUGCAGACCUGUUACCAACAUCACAGCCUCUGCAAUGAGGACAGACCAAGCCAACUGCAGGCCCGUCUGGAACUACUACAGUCCCAGCUCAACAGAAUGGAGACCAGGAUGACAACUGAUAUAAAUGUGAUUCUGCAGUUGCUGCAGAGGCAGAUGGCUCCAGUGCCCCCUGCCUACAGUGCAGUUUCCCCUGAACCGCUCACAGCCCAUCCAGCUCACCCCACAAGCCUGUACACUACAGCAGUCCAAAACAUCAGGCCCUCUGUACAGAUCCCUGACAGGCCAUCAUCUACUGGUAAGAGCCCUGACAUGGACAGCUUCAAAUACAAGUCUCGUGACUCUCUGUCCAGUGGCAUCCAUCUGACAAUAGCCUCAAAUGACACCAUGUCCAUGUCCCCAGAGACGGAGCUGGCUGUGCCCACGGGACUGAGUCCCCCUCAGGAGACUCAUCAAGAGCUCCUUGGACUGCUGUGUAGAAGCCCACGAUUCCCCUCCCUCCCAAACAGUCUGGAAAGUCCAAACAUACUGGAGGAAUCACCAGAAAUCCAAAGGCAUGUGUCUGAUCCAGUCUUACAUGGCAGCUAGAGGCCAAAAACAGAAUUCUGGGUGUUCGACUGCAUUAUGUUUGAGCUCUAAAAGAGCACAACCAUCCUAAGAUGCAUAUUUACCACAUUUUCAUGGUUUCCGUUUUUCAGACAGCUCAAUAUUGCACUUGAAUAGAAUCUAUGCUUGCUCGAACUGAAAAAAUAUACUCAUGUUACUUGUGUUGACAUACAUUAGGUAAAAGGGUGUCCAAUUGAGAAAAUGAAUUCAUAAUGGUUGUUAUACAUUUCUCUGUUUUUUGUAUUUUGUUUCAUAUCCAUUCUUAUUAAGAGCUGGAUGUUUCCUCUGAUGCAAUAAAUCUCGGCUUUUGUACGACUACAAUAGGCGAAAAAAAAAAAAAACGCCUAUUAAUAUUUCUAAGACAAGAAAUCCUGGGGUCAAAGAAAAUCACAUUGUGAUCUGAGUGACUAUUUUCACCAUCAUGUUCUGCAAUGAUCAUUUUAAAUUAUUAUCUGGAAGUCAGGUUUGAGAUUUUAAGAUUUGUUUUAGUUAUUUUUACGUAGUAAACCUCAUGUCUUACGCUGGCAGAGAUUUAGAGGAUAGACCUUCUGAGGCAGUGCCAUCACUGAGAUGAGGACAUUUCACACCUAGACAGAUGAAACAUUGUCUGGGCUGUUUUCAGAGUAUAAUACAUUUCUUGUGUAUUGGUAUUGCAAAAGUGCAGGACUUAUUCGUUUUAAUCUAUAGAUUUUUUUUUUUUUUUUUUUUUAAGUAAAAUACUACUUAUACUAUUAUAUAUUUUUGUGUCAUGUUAGAUAUUUGACCCAAAUCUAAUGUAAUACUACAUCAGGUGACUAUAUGACUGGCAAUUAUUUUUUUUAAUUUGUCUGUUGGAUUAAUAGUAAGCAAAUGGACAUGAAUUUCGAGAUCAUGAAAUGAUAUUUCUCAAUUUAAAUGGUUUAUUUAUCCACUUUGUGAACUGAUAAGUGAGGUGUGUGUGUUGCAUAUGCUCCAAUGGGUGUGUGAACUAAUGGAAGUAGGAUCACUGUAUGUGAAAGACAAGGAAGUCAAGAUACUUGAGAGGAUAUUCCUUUGAAUUCUUCACAUUUUGAUUGAAGACAAGGACUUGAGUUGAAAUCAGUGUAAAUUCAAUGUUCACCUCUACAAUGAAAGCACAUGAAUGUAUGUAAAAUGAUUGAAACCCUUUAUUGGACAGUAAAGGUUUCUAAAAGCACACAAUAUUAUUUAUAUAUAUUUUUUUUAGAUUAA